AUGCAAAGAUCAAUUUCAUACAAUACCUAUUCAUUUCUAUUAACUGAAAUUCUUCCUAAUAUAAUGCUUAUCUGUUUUAUACUUGGUUUCAUUGGUUUCAUUGGUAAUAUUUUUACAUUUCUUCAACCUAAUCUUCGUUGGAAUAAUUGUUGUAUUUAUAUGCUAUUUAUCUUCAAACAAUAUAUUUUAUUUAAACUUCCAUGGAAUUUAUCGUUUAAUUUAUGCAAAUUGUAUUAUUUUCUUUACAGCUUUCUACCACAAUUAUUUAUUAAUCUUUUACUUUUAAGUAUUAUUGAUCGAUAUGCUUGUACACGUGCUCUUACAUCAUGGGCUCAUCGACUUAAUAAAUUAAAAAUGGUUCCACGGCUGAUUCUUAUGAUGAUCUUUAUUAGUGGUAUUUUUUCAAUUUAUUCACCUAUAUUGGGUAAUAGUGAACCUCUUUUAUGUGGAUAUCAUGAACAAAAUAUUUACGGUAUAUUAAGUAUAUUUUUUAAUGGUAUAUUACAACCCAUAGUAAUAUUAAUAUUUGUUCUACUUACAUAUCGAAAUAUUCGUCAAAGUCGUCAACGAGUAGGUGGAAUGGUGAAAUCCGGUGUAAAUCGUUUUCGAAAUCAAUUUAUUGUUAUGAUAAUAACUCAAGUUUUAAUUACAGCAAUAUUUUCAUUACAAUGGAUGAUUGUACAAACAUAUGUUUUAUUCAAUGCCAGUAUAGAAACAAGUUUUGAUGAUCUACUUAUGAUGGUUAUAUUAUUUACUUUUAGUAAUAACAUUUAUCCAUUUAAUAAUGUAAAAUCAUUCUAUUUUUCAAUAUUAACAUCAAAAUCAUAUCGACAAACAUUUGUAAAAGGUUUGAAGAAAAUAUUUUCUCGAUAA